AUGUCUUUACAUACAGAUACAGACAAGGCUAUUGAGAGUCUCAUUUCCACCUUUAACGAGCUCAAUAGUAACCUCAUCGAUGAGCUACACGAGGAGCCAAGUCCGCUCGAAUUCAUGCGAUAUGUUGCCCGCAACACGCCUUUUGUCAUAAGAGGCGGAGCGUCUUCGUGGAAAGCUUGUCAGCAGUGGAAUUCUGCGUAUUUACUAUCUGCUUUGAAAGGUCAGAGUGUUAAUGUUGCAGUCACGCCGCAUGGUAACGCCGAUAUGCCUACUUUUCCUCCUGGAGAAGAAUCCUUAGUCUUUGCAAAACCUCACUACGAAGAUCAGCCUUUUGAAGAACUUCUCGAGUUCGUAGCUCGCCAAGAGACAGAUCCUGACUUUCCCCCUAAUGCUGAAGUGCGAUAUGCGCAAACCCAAAACGAUAAUCUCCGUGAAGAGUACAUCAGCCUCUUCUCAGAUGUUCAGAAAGACAUGCCUUUUGCAAGAAUAGCACUUGACAAGAGCCCCGAUGCAGUAAACCUGUGGAUCGGCAACUCCAAGUCUGUGACAGCAAUGCACAAGGACAACUACGAAAACAUAUACGUACAGGUCUUGGGGCGGAAACACUUUGUUCUCUUACCUUCGUUGUGCCAUCCUUGCGUUAACGAGCAGCCUCUCAGGCCAGCGACGUACAAACGGAGAGAAGACGGCAUGGAACUUGAGAUGGAUUAUGAUGCUGAGGCUGUUCCAUUCGCUAUCUGGGACCCUGACAGGCCUGAGAGGAAUGCUACAGGAUUCUCUUACCUUGCACGGCCUCUGCGGGUGACAUUGAACCCCGGAGACAUGCUAUAUCUUCCGGCAAUGUGGUAUCACAAGGUCAUGCAAUCGUGUACCGAAGAAGAUGAAGGGUUUGUCCUCGCCGUCAAUUACUGGUAUGACUUGGACUUUACAGGCCCUCUCUAUCCUGCGUCCACAUUUAUUCGCGAUAUAAGCCUGGGAAACAGAAAGUAA